AUGAAUCGCGCCCAAAAUAUCUUCUUCUUCCAGAAGGUCAAUUACCUAGCUUCGCGGGAAAGAAACCAUCAUCCUCCAUCUCCUCCAUGGCUUGGGGACGAAGGAAGGAAUAACCACCCCUAUCCUUGCGUUGGUUUGCCGGAGAAGGCGGUGGAGGCCGAAACUCCAGGAGAUCAAUCUUGGGGAAAAAGAAAAUUGUAUGGUCACCUACCUUCUCCGCUAUUGGGCUGUCAUGAUAAUAUAGCAGGUCGUAAUUCAUCCUUAUGGUGGCGUGAUAUCAUCGGUUCGGGGAAAAGCCGUAGUUUUAGUUGGUUUAAGUCCAACAUCGGUUGUUGUGUUGGUAAUGGUAAUGAUAUAGAAUUAUGGAAUUUCAAAUGGUUUGGGUCUCAAGCAUUGUGUGAUUUGUUUCCUGAUUUGUAUGUUCAUGAGGCGGACAAAUAUGCAAAGGUGGCUGAGCGUUUGGAUAGCUCUGUUACGGUACCACGAUGGAGAUGGAGCUGGCUUGCUCCGUUGGAUGAGAAUGAUGAGCAGCGGCUUUUGGAACUUGAAGGGCUGCUUUCUGGUUUUUCUUUUCAGUCGACCGCUCUAGAUCAUUGGCGUUGGAUACCAGACGUUAACGGUAUUUUUUCGGUGAAAUCCAGCUAUGCUAGUUUAUUAUCUUCAAGGCAGGCCGAAACUUUAGAUAACAAGGUGUUAGAUGCUAUACAACAGUUAUGGAGAACAGAUGUACAAUCUAAAAUUAGUUUUUUUGGGUGGAGCAUAUUGAGGAUAGUGCACACCUUUUCUUCUCGUGCCAUUUUAUUAAUGGACUAUGGAACAAAGUUUUAUCUUGGUUUCAAAACUCUCCCUUUGGGAGCGGCAGGAAUCGACCAUUUUAUGGCCUUUGGCGAGUUGUUCAAUGUUAAAGAUAAGUGGCGUAUUCGUCAUUUGGUUUGGUUGGCCACCACUUGGAAUUUAUGGAAAGUUCGAAACAACGUUAUUUUCAAUGGUGGCAUUAUGGAUGAGUCGGCGCUUUUGGAAGAGAUUAAACUUACUUCUUGGUUAUGGUUCUCCCGUCGGUUUGGUCGUAAAGCUUGUAUUCAUUUUUCUAGUUGGUGUUUAGAUCCGUUGUCGUGUAUCCAUAACUCUUAA